CUAACCUAACUUUCGAAAUGUGAAAAUUGUAAGGCAUCGACAGACUGAGAGCUAUUUUUAUGAUUUGGAAAAAUGAAUUUCACGCCAAUUUUAAGAAUUGUUCGUCAACUGAGAAUCACUAAUAAACAAAUCAAUAUCAAAAAAUUUCAUUCUGUUACUUUAGCACAGGAGCAUGAUCAACGAAUGCAAAAUAAUUGCUUCUUAGCCUCUAAUUUUCCAAACUAUAAAAGGAAUGAUAUUUCUUUUGUUAUCAGGCAUUAUGCUAAAGGAAAAGAUAAGAAAAAAGAAAAAGGCAAAAGUAAAGUUGUAAUCGAUGAGAAUCAAAUGGCUGAGGUGGUUAAUGUGGAAUCAAUAAAGAAACAAAUGGACAAUGCCCUUACUCAAAUGAAAGAAAAUUUCACAAAGUUCUUAUCGAUUAGAUCUUCUGCAGGCUCCAUUGAAUCUCUUGUAGUAACUUUGGAUGGCCAAGAACAUGUACUUCAAGAACUUGCACAAAUAAGUAGGAAGAACCCUAAAACAGUUAUCCUGAAUAUGUCAACUUUUCCUCAAGCAAUUCCAGAAGUUUUGAAGAGUAUACAGAAAUCAGGUUUGAACUUGAAUCCUCAACAAGAUGGAACAACUAUAUUCAUACCUAUUCCUAAAGUAACAAUGGAACAUAGGGAAAGCCUUGCUAAGAAUGCUAAACAAUAUUUUAUCAAAUGCAGGGAUAGUAUAAAAGAUAUUCAAAACAAAACCACAAAAUCACUAAAAAGAAAAGAUGGUAUAUCAGAAGAUCUGGUCAGAAGUGUAGAAAACCAGCUGAAAGCUUUAGCAGAUAAAUACAUCACUGAAGGGGAAAGAAUAUUGGAGAGCAAGCAGAAGGAUAUCUUGGGGGAUUAAUAUGUGAAACUUCAAAUCA